AUGGACUCCGCAGCAAGUGCCAGUUCAGCCAAGAAUGUCCUGGACAAGAACAAAAGCCAGAGAGACCCAUCUCCGGCUGAAAGAUCCAUUCACCAUGGCGAGUUGGAUAUCUUGCAGGGGGAGAAAGUCGAUGAAGCUCUCGCUGCGAAGAUGAUGCUGAUCAACGACACCAUCGACGAGAUUGGCUUUACUGCUCACCACUGGAAGCUCUUCUGUUUGAACGGAUUCGGAUAUGCGGUGGACUCGCUCAUUCUCUUGAUCCAGUCUAUCAUUUCGAAACAAGCUAGGCUGGAGUUUCAACCUGGUUAUUCCACGGGCCUUACAAUUGCGGUCUAUGUGGGAAUGCUCGUGGGUGCCAUAUUCUGGGGGUUCUCAGCAGAUAUUAUCGGCCGACGCUUUGCCUUCAACUUCUCGUUGUUUGUCUCGUCGGUUUUCACCAUUGUUGCCGGGGCUUCGCCAUCUUGGAUUACACUGGGAUUGUUUGUGUGUCUGAGUGCAUUCGGUGCCGGUGGUAACUUGGUACUGGAUACUACGGUGUUUCUGGAGUAUCUGCCUAGCAAAGAACAAUGGCUAUUAACACUAAUGGCUGCGUGGUGGGGCCUCGGUCAGCUCAUUGCAGGAUUGUUUGCUUGGGCUUUCAUUCCAAAUUACUCAUGCAGCGAUGCAGCGACCUGUACCCGAGCCAACAACCAAGGAUGGCGCUACGUAUGGUACACCUCCGGUGCCCUGGUAUUUCUUCUCUCUAUACUCCGAAUCACAAUCAUCCGACUGGAAGAGACGCCUAAAUUCCUCAUCUCCGAAGGUGAGGAUGAGAAGGCCGUGCGAGUCCUACAAAACAUCGCCAACAAACAUAACCGCCCAUGCAGUCUCACCCUUGAACGCCUGCAAGCAUGCGGGCAAAUCAACCAAAGACAUAGAGCGGGAUCCAGCUGGCUGGCACGAGUGAUCUCCCCAAGCGAAGUUUUCUUCCACCUCCGUGGGCUGUUCGCAACCCGCAAAAUGGGGCUUUCUACCACCCUGGUGUGGUUCUCAUGGCUCCUGAUCGGUCUCGCCUAUCCACUUUACAAUGUGUUCUUGCCGACCUAUCUUGCGUCUCGCGGCGCCAGCUUCGGAGAAACUAGUUCAUAUAUCACCUGGCGAAACUACGCUAUCAACAAUACCUGUGGCAUCUUCGGUCCGGUGCUGGCCGGAUUCAUGUGUCGCUCGCCUUGGUUCUGGGGUCGUCGGGGAACUAUGAUUAUUGGCGCUCUAGUGACGAUGGUCUUCUUCUUUUGUUACACGCAAGUUCGCACUGCUAGUCAGAAUGUUGGCUUUACGUGUGCUAUUUCAUUCUGUUUGAAUGUUUAUUAUGGUACUCUUUAUGCUUACACGCCUGAGGUCUUCCCAUCCGCCCAUCGUGGUACAGGAAAUGGUGUCGCCAUUGGACUCAAUCGAAUCAUGGGAAUCGUCAGUGCCGUGGUUGGUCAGGCUGCCGAUACUAGCACAGCUGUUCCGAUUUACAUUUGUGCGGCGCUUUACAUCGUGAUGGCAAUCGUCGCUGCGGCUCUCCCCUUCGAGCCAUAUGGCCGACGGAGUAGCUGA